CGGCGCCUGCGCAGUGGCGGUGCCCUGAGGGGGCCGUUUCGCCAGCUGGGCUUGUGUUUACAGCCGUGGGACGCGGCGUGUGGCUGGGCGGGGGGAGAUUCGGCGGCUCGGCGGAGGCGGCUGGCGCCGGAGGAACAGAAUUGGUUUUUGAAUCCGCGUGGACAAUGGGAGGUGCUGUGAGUGCCGGAGAAGACAACGAUGAAUUAAUCGACAACCUGAAGGAGGCUCAGUACAUCCGGACGGAGCUGGUAGAACAGGCCUUCAGGGCUGUCGACCGGGCAGACUAUUACCUUGAGGAGUUCAAGGAGAAUGCGUACAAAGAUUUGGCUUGGAAGCAUGGGAACAUCCACCUCUCUGCUCCCUGCAUUUACUCCGAAGUUAUGGAAGCUCUGGAUCUCCAGCCGGGGCUUUCCUUCUUGAACCUAGGAAGCGGCACCGGUUACUUGAGCUCCAUGGUUGGGCUCAUCUUGGGCCCUUUUGGAAUAAAUCAUGGCGUAGAGCUUCACACUGACGUUAUAGAAUAUGCAAAGCAGAAACUGGACUUCUUCAUCAGAACAAGUGACAGCUUUGACAAGUUUGAAUUCUGCGAGCCUUCCUUUGUCUCUGGGAACUGCUUAGAAAUCUCUCCAGAAUGCUCUCAAUACGACCGGGUGUACUGCGGAGCGGGGGUCCAGAAGGAACAUGAAGAUUACAUGAAGAACUUGCUGAAAGUUGGUGGGAUUCUUGUCAUGCCCCUGGAGGAAAAGCUGACAAAGAUCACUCGAACAGGCCCUGCAGCCUGGGAGACCAAGAAAAUCUUGGCUGUUUCCUUUGCUCCUCUAAUCCAACCCAACCAUUCAGAUUCAGGGAAGUCUAAACUUGUUCACUUGCCCCCGGUGGUGGUUCGCAGCCUUCAGGACCUGGCUCGCAUUGCCAUCCGCAGCACCAUCAAAAAGCUGAUCCACCAAGAAACUGCGGGCAAAAGCGGAAACGGCCUCAGGAACCCGCCAAGGUUUAAGCGGCGGCGUGUCCGGCACCGCCGCAUGGAAACCAUAGUCUUCUUGGACAAAGAGGUCUUUGCGAGCCGGAUCUCCAACCCUUUGGAGGAUAAUAAUUGCGAGGAGUUGGAGGAGGAGAGCAGGGAAGAAGUCGAAAAACCUAUUCCUGAACUGAAGCCUGAGCCUCCUACAAACAUCCUGAGAGAGAAGGUCCUGAGCCUGCCUCUCCCUGACCCUUUGAAAUAUUACCUGCUUUAUUACAGAGAAAAAUAGGACCCUCUGAGCAGUCGUAGGCAGGACAAUAAAACACUCAGGAGGGCUGACAAACACACGCCACUUGCUUGCCUUUUAACACAACCACCCUCGCGGUGAGCUAACUGGGGAACACGGCUGCCGUGAAUUUAAAAUGGGAUAGCCUUUUUUCAGAUCCUUUCCCUUGAUUUGUGUGCGCCGGUUUUGUCCUGCAGCAGAACUUCCUUGUUGGGGAAGAGGGCGCGACAAGCUGGUCCCGAGGCUGCCUGCCUCUUACGGAAGUGAGGGCUUCAUGCCGGUAAAAGCUAAAAGGAAAACCGCAAGUUUGCUGAAAUAUCUCUGAAUAUCUCAACUGUUGUCAUUUGUUUUGUUUUUUUUCCCCCUCCAGAAUGCAGUUUCAGAAAUUGUUUUGGCAGGACCCAGAUAUGUUGCUUUGCCUGCAAAAGAGAAAGUCGCGUAGCCGGAUCUGACCCGCUCAGCCUGGUAUCUCCAAUAAUCCACCUGGGAGGGAGGGAAUGUUACUGGCAAGUGGGGUGGAAGGCUGGCCUCGGCUGAGCGAACUAAAGCUGCUUUCCCAUCAGAUGUUUAGGCAGAGCUUUUUCAGGAAGGGUAACGAUCCCCCAAGACGCUCUGCUAGAAAGACAGGGGAGGAGGUUCUCCUGUUCGGUAAAAAGCGUGAGAGAGAGGCUGUGCGUGGCUUAAGCAGAAGCAGCCAAGUUAAAACAGGAACUUGCAGAAGUCCAGCUUUUGCUUUGCUCGCCCACCAGUUGGUUGGGCUUGUCCCGAGAGAAUUCCCUAAAAGGAUUUCAGGUGAUGGAGGAGGAGACAAGUCAGGGACGGAACCAGCUCAUUCAAAUGCACUGGACUUUUUUGAGGGUCUGUUACAAAAGGGAUGAAUCAGGUAUGUUGUGGGAAUAAUUGGGCACGUUAUUUGGAUUCAGAUAGUUGCUUAGUUGUCUAGACAGGAAGUGCCUGGAGGAAACUGAAAAUGGCUGAUUGGGCUCUUGUGUCUGUACCCCGUAGGGUCCACAGCUUUAGCCCAAAAAAACUGAAACUACUAGCUUUGUUCCCCCCCCCUUUUUUUUUUAUAGAGGACACAGUAAAACUUAUUCUGACAAUGCACCUGAGAGUUUUGAAAUGUUCUGUAACACAUACAUCCUUGUCCAGGAAAGUAGAUCGUUCUUGGCCUGGCAUUUUGAAUGAGAAGAGCAAAGCAGUGACUGUCAUUAAAAUUUUUAGGUUUCUCCUCCCAGCUGAAAUAUUGGGCAAAACCGUCAGAUAUUCCCAAAAGAGGGGUUUAAGAUAGUUUUCAAUCCACUUUGGAUUUUCUGUGGAAGCUUUUAAUUUUAUUUAACUUCUAAAUAUCCGUUGUUUGGCCACUUAAGUUAGAAAAAAGUGAACUAGAGGUUGAUUUUCUUUCAAGUUGAAAUACAUACUCAAGAAUGCAAAAGUGUUCUUAACUCGGCAAGCAAUUGUCCCCAUCCUGAACACACCGUAUAGCAGUGAUCUCCUGUGGUCUACCAGCCGCUCAGUAAACCCGUGGUUUGUGAUCCCAUCAGGGGAGAUUUUUAGUCUAGGCACUGCAUGUGCAAUGUUGUGUUUCAUCUUGUGUUAUCUGAAGCUUUAUGUCAACAAUAACAAGAAUCUUGUAGAGCUCUGAUCUUGAUAACACAGUUAUCUGCUAAAAUCCUUCUGUAUCCUUCAUUCUGCUCUGAAUGAUGCUGUUAACUGUUAAAAGCUAUAUAUCACUUUCCUUACCCUGAGUCGGUCUGUUGAACCAUUUAGGCACUACCAUCUUGUGUGAAUGGCCAGCCCUUUAAGGUUUGACCUGGUGUCUCCCCAGUGGCAAACCCAGUUUUUGUUGUCCAGAAAGCAGUUUAUCAUGAAGUUCUUCUCUGUGACUUGGAUUUAAUCUUCAAAUAAUUCAGUAAACACACUUCUUUCAGCGUCAAUAAUAUCUGCCCUGGAAGAGGCAUUAUUUUCAUUAACUUUAGUUCCAUCCAUGUACUCUGUUCUUGAGUUUUCUCAAGAAAAAUUACCGAAGCUAUUGUGCGAGGGUUUUUCUUCAUCCUGUCCUUUGUUAAAAAUUACCUGGAACUCUUUCUUCAGUGCAUAGGAAAACAGUAUCCUCUUGGGGCUUUUCUCUUAUUUUGGGGUGAAAGAUAACCUUUGCAAGCAAUUGUGAUUUGUCCAGCUGUUGUUUUAUCAAUAUACGAAGGUAGAAAAUGUGUGUUUGGGUGACAGCAUAACUGUGAAAUAACAUAGGCUAGACCAUUGUAACAGAAGAGGAAUGGUCAGUGUGGUAUCCUACACACCAGCAAAUACACACUGAUUAAUCCAGUCGGUGUAUCUCAGUAAACUAAUGUGGCUUCUGACACCUGUUCUUGUAAAAUAGAUGCCCAAUUCCAUCAGCCGUUUAUUGUUUCCAGCUUCACAUAAGCGUGCUAUGAUUUUUUGGUAGCUUUGGGUUAGAUUCCCAAGUUGUACCCUUACAAAAGGUUUUGCUUUCAUAAGGUAGUUAAAGAUGUAAAUAGCUUAGAAAUGAAGAUGGAGAAGGAAACAUUCCUGAAGCAUGGAGAAAAGUUGGAAAGAAGUGAUUUCAAAUGCAGAUUUUUAUCAAAAUACAUGUCUGUGUCAAUAAAAAUGGUUCCACCUUAA